AUGAAAGUUGUAUUGUUCUCAUUUCUGACCAUAUUUGGUAUUAUUAACGGACUACGGCUUCAAGCAAUACGAGCUAAAGGUCAAUUAAAAUGUGGUAUCAAACCAGCACAAAGCGUAAAAGUUAAGCUAUGGGAUGAAGAUGAUGGACCGGAUCCGGAUGAUGUAUUGGAUGAAAAUGAAACAGACAGAGAUGGGAGUUUUGAUCUCGAGGGCAGUACUCGAGAACUGACAUCUAUUGACCCUGUACUUAAAAUUUAUCAUGAUUGUGAUGAUGGAAUUAAACCUGGUAAAAGAAAGGUUAAGCUACGUAUACCAAAAAAAUAUAUUACUGAUGGAUCUACUGCAAAGAAAACUUUCGAUGUUGGCAUAUUAAAUUUGGAGACAAUAUUUCCAGGAGAGGAACGUGACUUAUUCUAA